AUCUUUUCCCCUUCAUUUGUUCUUCACUUCAUCAUUAUCUUCAUACAAAAUCUCAGAAAAUAAAAAAUAAAAAAAAUCUGAAACAUAGAAAUUUUCGUUUCUCAAACAAUACCCAUAAAAUCAAAACCAAUAAAUUCUAAUAAUGAGAAAUUUUAAACCCAUUACUAUUCAACAUCACAUGAACAAUUUAUGGGUUUGUUGCUAUUUGUUCCCGGUGUUUCCAUGAUUUUUGAAGCUAUUCACAAACCAUGCUAUUUGUUUCCAUGAUUUUUGUUGCUAAUUCAAAUCAAGCUAUUCACAAGCCAUUGUUUUUGAACCAUGGGUCAGAUCCAAAUCUGCAGAGCCGUGGGUUUUAAUUUUUUAGGUUUUAAUUUUUAAGUUUUUUGAAUAAUUAUUAAGGAAAGAAAAUUUCUGAGUUCCGGUUUUAUUGGUUUUUCCUAGAUUUUUAAGAUGGUAAUUUUCAUGAACUUGAAGAAAAAAUUCUAUGUUUUUAUGAAUAUGGUGAUGAAGAUGAAGAAGGAGAAGGGGAAGAAGAUGAAGAAAAGUAAAAUAAAUCUAGUGUUGGUGGUUCAUUAUUAGAUAUCAUAGAUUUGCAAGAUCCAAAUGUUUAGAUUUUAAGAAAAAGAUCAAAUGGUUAUAAUUAAAAAAUUUAAUGAGGACUAUGGUGGACCAUUUACAGUAUUAGUCCACCUUAUACAUUUGAGGUUAAAGUUUAACCGAAAGGACCUUUUUGACUAACGGAAAUGUUUUAAGGGACCGAUCCAAAUAUUUUUUUCUUUAAGACGAUUGUGAAAUGAAAAUGUUUUUGGACCAUUUAACAAAAAAAAAAAUUAAGCAAAACCUAAUAAUAAGUUCCCGUUUUCUCCCCACCGUUCUGAACUCUCUGUCACCAUCGUUCAACUAUCCAGCUGCUCGCGCCGUCACCAUUCUCGCAUUCCACCGCCGCAGACGGUGAACACGAACAAGCGAGCGCUGCUCCUCCUUCAACUUCUUCACAUUAACUUUCUCUCCUUCCACUUUCAACGUUUGUGUGAAAUCAUCACAAACAAACACUGCAUAAUACAAAAAGCUUAUACACACAAUCUCAAUUUCAACCAAGAUAACUCGUUUCAAUUCACCCAAAUUCCUCAAUUUGUACUCAAAUUGAAACGCCACAAUGCUUCACAACAAGUCCUUCGUUAAGAAAACCAAAGGUGGCAAAGUCAUGAAGCAAGUGAGGGAACACUACCUGCGAGAUGAUAUAUAUUGUGGUGCUCCGUCUUGCACUGUUUGUGAUACUUCUAAUGCUAGACUUAGUGCUUCUCCUUCCACAAUUCUUGUUCUUGACACCAAUGUUGUUCUUAAUCAGAUUGAUUUGCUUGAGAAUCCGGCCAUUGAUGAUGUUGUUGUAUUGUCCAUUGUGUUGGACGAGGUUAAGAACAAGAAUAUGUCUGUUUAUAACCGGUUAAGGGCUAUCUGUAACAAUUCAAUGAGGAAAUUCUUUGUUUUUUCCAAUGAGCACCACAGGGAUACAUAUGUUAAGGAAAUGAGUGGGGAAACUAAAAAUGACAGGAACGAUAGAGCUAUUCGAGUGGCUGCACAGUGGUACCAGAAGCAUCUAGGUGGUGCAGUAAAGGUUUUGCUCGUAACUAAUGAUAAAGAGAACAAAAGGAAGGCUAGUGAAGAGGGCAUUUGCGCAGAAACAGUUGAGUCAUAUGUCAAGUCUUUGGACCGACCUGAUUUACUUGACCUGCUGGUGCGGCCUUCAUCUGAAGAUGUGGAUAUGGAAGAGGUAGAAGAUCACAGACCAUCCAAGAGGAAAGUGAUUUAUUCAGAGCAUAAGCCAAUGUCAGAAAUUACAUCUGGUUUGCAUCGUGGAAUAUAUCAUCAAGGGAAAUUACGUGUAAACCGUUACAAUCCAUUCGAAGCAUAUGUUGGGAGUGAGAGUAUUGGUGAUGAAAUAACCAUUUAUGGGCGCUCUAAUAUGAACCGAGCUUUUGAUGGUGAUAUUGUGGCAGUUGAACUUCUGCCUCAGGACCAAUGGCAAGGGGAGAAGUCUCUAUCUAUAGCAGGUGAAGAAGAUGAGGAUGAGGAUGAAGAAGUUCAUCUAGCCCCAAAUAGUGCUGAUGUUGCACCCAGAACUAUUCCUCAGCAAGGUUCUUCUAGAGAAAUAAACGCCGGAUCUAGUCGCCCUUCUGGUCGUAUUGUUGGUAUUAUUAAGAGAAACUGGCACUCGUAUUGUGGAUCUUUGGAGCCAAUGCCUAUUCCUGGAGGGAAUCGUGGUGUUGCCUAUGCCUUGUUUGUCUCCAAAGAUCGCAGAUUUCCCAAGAUUCGUAUCCAAACCCGGCAGCUUGAGAACCUUUUGGACAAAAGGAUUAUUGUAUCAGUUGAUUCUUGGGAUCGUCAAUCUCGAUAUCCAUCUGGCCAUUAUGUGCGGACUAUAGGAGAUAUAGGUGAUAGAGAUACUGAAAGUGAGGUGGUUUUGAUAGAAAAUGAUAUAAAUUCAAGGCCAUUCUCUGCACAAGUGCUAGCAUGCUUGCCACCAUUGCCAUGGUCAGUCUCUUCUGAAGAUUUGUCUAUUCCAUUUAGGCAGGAUUUGCGUCAUUUGCGUGUAUUCAGUGUGGACCCUCCAGGCUGCAAGGAUAUUGACGAUGCACUCCACUGCUAUGCUCUACCAAAUGGAAACUUUGAAGUUGGAGUUCAUAUUGCCGAUGUGACAAAUUUUGUGUUUCCUGGCACUCCACUUGACGACGAGGCUUCUCAAAGGGGUACAUCUGUCUACCUUGUUGAACGAAGAAUAGACAUGCUUCCAAAGCCUUUAACGGAAGAUGUAUGCUCUCUUCGGUCUGACGUGGAAAGGCUAGCAUUCUCUGUCAUAUGGGAAAUGACACCUGAAGCAGACAUUGUUGCCACCAGAUACACAAAAAGUGUCAUAAAAUCUGCUGCAGCAUUGUCUUAUGUUGAAGCACAGGCGAGGAUGGAUGAUAGUCGAUUGAUGGAUCCAGUAACUACUGACUUGAGAAAUAUGAAUAGUUUAGCGAAGAAAAUGAGAUUAAGGCGUAUUGAGAGAGGAGCUUUGACUCUUGCAUCUGCAGAAGUCAAAUUUCAAAUUGACACAGAGACUCAUGAUCCCCUUGAUAUUGGCAUGUACCAGAUCAGGGAAGCCAAUCAAAUGGUGGAAGAGUUUAUGCUUGCUGCUAAUGUUUCUGUUGCGCAACAAAUUCUUAAAAGUUUUCCUUUGUGUUCGUUAUUAAGGCGGCAUCCAACUCCAACUAGAGAGAUGCUUGAACCCUUGCUACGUGUUUCUGCUGCGGUUGGCCUGAACUUGGAUGUCUCAUCAUCAAAAGCAUUGGCUGAUUCUCUUGACCUUGCUGUGGGUGAAGAUCCAUACUUCAACAAGUUGAUCCGCAUUCUGGCAACUAGAUGCAUGAGUCAGGCAGUUUAUUUCUGUAGUGGGGAUCUUAGCCCUCCAGAAUAUCAUCAUUAUGGGCUUGCAACACCUUUAUAUACCCAUUUCACAUCACCUAUAAGAAGAUAUGCAGAUGUCAUUGUACACAGACUACUUGCUGCUUCUAUAGGAAUAUCCAAGUUACCUCCUGUAUUUCAAGAUAGGCUGCAGCUCACCAGUAUUUCAGACAAUUUAAAUUACAGGCACAGGAAUGCUCAGAUGGCAGGGCGGGCCUCUGUAGAGCUGCAUACUCUCAUUUAUUUCCGGAAGAGGCCAACAGAUACGGAGGCUAGAAUAGUAAAGAUAAGAUCUAAUGGAUUUUUCGUAUUUGUGCCCAAAUACGGCAUAGAAGGACCUGUAUAUUUGACAACAAGAGCUGAAAAGGGCAGUGGAGAAUGGUAUGUAGAUGAACAAGAGCAAAAGAUUAAAAAGAUGGAUGGUAGCAUUUCAUACAGUAUUUUACAGACAGUACAAAUUCACAUGGAGGUUGUGGAGCCUCAGCCUAAUCGGCCAAAGCUUCAGCUUACUCUCAUUUAGAGGUAUAUGAGCAUCGAACAAAAAGCUUGCUGGGAAAUGUGCCUCCUAUAUUGCUAUCUGGGUCUCAGCACCUAAAGGUUUCUGGUAUAGGUUUCUGGUAUUGGAAUUGAUAAAAUAGGUUGAGUAGUGUUGUUGCUUGGACAAACAUCAUGAAUGAUUGAUGACAACUGUAUCAAAAUGAAACACGUUGGCUUAAAUAUGACAUCCAUCUUGUAUUUGAAAGAUAACACAAAAUUAAGAAAGUGUAUUUUUGCACCUUAUCUUAUUCAA